AUGCCUCUAGUCCUUGGUCCUUUCAACUACACCGCUGGGAGCUUUCAAAGUUACGAUUCGAAUCGUGUCUUACGCCCUAUUAGUAUCCCACAAGGAAAUGGCUCAAAUCCUCGGAUUAUGCUGCUUGAAGAGACAUGGAAUAAUGUUCCUCAGGGUCGUGUUUGGGACUCUGCCUUCAUUUUGAAGGACAUAUUUACAAAACAGGUACAAGAUAGGCUCGAGGGUUCUAGGCCCCCCAUAUUUGCCGGGAAACGAAUUUUGGAUCUCAGUGCAGGCACUGGUCUGUUAGGCGUCUUUCUAGCAGGUUUGGCCCAGGUUGAAAUGGAUCUCUUACUUCUACGCGGUAGACCCAAUGCUACCAACCGUGAUGGCAUUACCAACAGCAGUACUACCCAUAUAUCAAACGCGCCACCAUCGACGACGGUGGUCCUAACUGAUCUAGAGGAUGCCAUGGAACUUAUCCAACGUAACAUCGCAUCGAAUAAGCGUAGAAUAGCGCCUAAUGUCAGUAUAGAAGCGAAGCCGCUCAUCUGGGGCUCCUCCCCACUGACACGCCUUAAAGCCGAUCCUUUUGACGUUGUGAUUGCGUCGGAUGUUGUAUACCAAGUAGAUAGUUUCAACUCCCUUCUAGAAACGCUUUACGACCUCUGUACGCCUGGACACACAACGCUUUACCUUGGCUACAAAUGGCGCGCAUUGGACAUUGACAUGGAACGGCAGUUCUUUGAGAAGUUGAGCGCCAUGUUUAGCGUUGAGAAAUCGUUGCACGAUCUAGAAGUCCAGGUGUGGUGCCUUAAACGAUAA